UGUCCCUGCCACAAGAACGAGUGAAUAUGAAACUCCCCCUGCUCCUGCUCCUCCUGCUGGGGACAGUUGCUGCUCUUCAUCUGGGGAAUGAUGCCCCCUACUCCAACAGCCAAGAGACACAGGCAGACCUGAGCCAGGAUCUGGAAGGCUCAGGGGAGCAGGAGGGAGAGUCAGUCCUGACUGAGGAGGCGAUUCAGUCUGAAGGAGAGCAGGUGGAGUCUUCCAGCUGCCAAGAUGCCUUUGAGGACGAGAAGGCCAUGGAGUCGGACCCAGGUGCCCUAGAGGAGAACUUGCAGUGCCCCAGGGCAGAGGACACAGAGGAAAUGCUGGGCAGUCCUGGGUGCAAGACCUGCCGCUACUGGUUGGUGAAGACUGCCCAAACAUUUGCACGCGCUCAGGACACAUGCAGGAGGUGCUACAGAGGCAGUCUCGUCUCUAUCCAUAACCUCAGCGUCAACAAUCGACUCCAGUGCAUGGUCAGUAAUAUCAACCAGCAAAGGGUCUGGAUUGGAGGAUUCAUCAGGGGCGCGUGCUCCAGGUUACACUGGAUUGAUGGGAGUGCUGCGAAUUUUAGACACUGGGCUCAUCAGCAUGGGAGCGGCCACUGUGUGACCCUAUCCACCAGAGGGGGUUAUUGGCAACAAUCAACUUGUGCAACACAUCUGCCCUUCAUCUGCUCCUACUAA